GACUAUGGGUAGAUUUCUGCAUCAACGGUGUGCCUGUCAUGUUUUAAAUUUAUGUGUUCAACAGGGACUACAAGCUAUGGGCGGAGUUUUGACAAAUAUUAAAGAAGGAAUUAAAAAAAUUUGGGGGGCUCGUCUUAUUUCGAGAUCCUGGAAGAUGUUCUGUAAGUCUAAGGGUAAAAAAGAAAUAAGUUUUGCCAGAGAUAUCAACAUUAGAUGGAAUAGUACUUACAAAUUGAUUGCACAGAUCCUAAGAUAUAAAGAGGAACUUGCUGAAUUUUUUAGGGAUGAACUUCGUAUAAUCAUUAAUCCUUUUGAAUUUGUUAUUGUUAAAAAAUUGAAUGCCGUAUUAGAAGUUUUUAAUAACGCAACUCUUACUUUUUGCCAUGUUUACCAACCAACUACAAAUACAUUUUUUAAAGAGUGCAUUACAAUCGCAACAUGUUUUCGUGAAAGGUGUGCCAUGCGAUUACGAUGACGACGAUGUCGAUUUUGACGUGCUCGGAUGGUAGAAGCGGAACGAACACAUGUUCCCAUGUCUCGGCAUGCUAGCAAGACAAGUGUUGUCCGUCCCAGUAUCAACCGUAGCAGUUGAACGAGAAUUCAGUGCUGGCGGCAACAUUCUAACCGACUACCGAAGUUGUCUUAACGCUGAAUCUCUUGAAACACUGGUUUGCAACCAAAAUUGGCUCUUGGCAAGACGUCGGGCUCAAGAGUUAUCGUACCAACUCGAAUCGGAGCAUUACAUGAAUGCUGAUGGGAAAUAAUACGUGGCUCGGCCCACAUUUCCCAAUUAUUUACGAAGGACAGUCAAAUCGGGCCUGUUUAAUAAAGUGGAGGAAUAAUAGAAUAUUCCUCCGUAGAUGCUCCAGCUACUCCUAUAAAAGGAGGGCUCCCCCUCAAUGUGAAAGGAGGCCAAAAAAUUCACUCUCCCUGAUCAUUACACUUUCUCUCUCUAGAAAGUUUUAGUAUGUGUAUUUUCUUCUUCUUCAAGAGCUCAAAAGCUCCAUUAAUGGCUUCCUAGCCUAAAUUAUGUACCAUAUACACACCCCCGAUAUUAAUAAAAAUUCCCCGUUGGCAAGGUACCGCCAAAAAAGGCUCGUGGUUUUCUCCCGAUUUGGGUUUCCAUGUCAAAAUCUCCGUGUUUAUAUUUUGGUGAAUUUUUAGAUUAGUUUAUCGUUUUUGCCUGGCUAAAAACGAUAUAACGGUCGAUAAUUUACACCAUCAAAUGCAACCACAGAUGGAAGUCCGAGUUCUGAAUAAUAAGUUCUAAAUUUUUUUUAUGUUAAUGUAAAUAUGUAAUUAAUUUUUUUAGGUGAGCGAUAUAUAAGCUCCUUCGAGGGUUUCUUUACGGUUCUUUACCUCGUCGCUUUUUUUGAACCGUCAGGAUAUUAAAUGUGGUUGUUCUUC